GAAACAAUUGUGGGCUGAGUUUUCACGUUGGAGAGGAUGGGCUUCAGCUAGUCUAGAGCAGGAUGCAUCCAAUUUUGCAGGAUGGACGUCCUUUUGAGGAGUGAAUUACUGUUGUCCUGGAAAUUGAAAACUAUGUGCCUAGCCAACGGUUCAGCUGAUACAGGGUCGUAAGCCCCUCAUCUAAAAAUUUCCCUUAGAAAGAAGGCCAGGUUGCCUUUUUAGGCCCCCUGGAGGAGCUGGUCCCUGACGGCUCUGGGCUCUGUGUCGUCUGCAGUGUGACGCGGGUUGAGACAUCCAUGGUGCACUAGGAGGCCACGUGCAAUGCUGGUGUGUCUGCCAGUCCCCGGUGACCUCCCCUUCCAGCUGCUUUCCCACUCGCAGAUGAACACUGGACUUCAGAAAUGGGACACUACGCAGAAGAUGAAAUCUGCACAGUAUCCAACCCCAGCAGAGUUGGAUGCUUAUGCUAAGAAAGUUGCCAACAGUCCCUUGACAAUAAAGAUCUUUCCCAAUAGUGUAAAAGUUCCCCAGAAGAAGCAUGUCCGGCGUACGGUCAACGGGCUUGACACUUCCAGUCAACGCUACUGCCCCUAUCCAUCUCAGGUCAGUACCAAGGCAGGCCUGCUUGCUGUCGUCAAGGUUCCACUAAAAGGCUUCCUCAAAGAGCCAGAUAGGAGUCAGGCCCGACUGUUUCCCGGGGUUGCCAUGAAUUGUCACGCUGGACCUUAUAUCUCUCAGAGCACUUUAAACCUUCCUCGGACUGUCCAACACCUGCAGGGCGCUUUACGGCCCCAGCACCCUCCCCAGCAGCAAAACUUGCCCCAGCCACAGGCAUUGACCCAGCAGAAGCAGCAGGGCCACAACUGUCUCCAGACCAUUCAGCAACAACAAGCAGUGCCAGAAGAAUUGAGGCACCUUCCAGGUUUAGUCCAGCCCCCAAACCUGCAGGAUCCCCAGGCCUUACCCCCGGUACAAGCUCUCCCCCACCCGCCAAGCUUGCAUUCUCCACUAUCCAACAUGAUGCUGCCACAUCUACAGCAGCAACCACAGUCAGGGCUACACGGGGCUAGGAAGGCAGCUGGUGGUGAAGCCCCGCCAAAUGUGACCAUGUCUACCUCUACCAUCCCGCUGUCCAUGGUUGCAGGACUGCAUCACAACCGGUCGGCCAACCUGACUAGUGUUGUGCAUCAGAUUAACCAGUUCUGCCAGACGCGGGUAGGAAUAAGCUCUACCUCCAUGUGCGAGGGCCAGAUAGCCAACCCUAGCCCCAUCAACCGCAACCUGCUCAUUAGUGCCACCUCCCGAGUAUUGCCACAAUGCCCAGUCCCCUGCAUCCUAGACCCCCCAGAAAAGGCUACCACCAGCACCGUGCCUGGGGAUGUCAUCCCGACACUGGACAUGGCUACCGUGAACCGCAUGCCCAUAUUUCACAGUGAAGGCAAAGCACAGCCACAUCACCACUGGAACCAGCGGCAGGUUGCGUACCUGCACAUCUCCGAAUCCGGGCACCCGUGCAAGCCUCUAUCACAGGAUGCCUCAGGGGCACCUGCCUUUUCUGCUAAGGCUGCAGGUUACCCCUUAGAUGUUUGCCUGAGCCAGCCCUUCAAUUUGAAAGCUCCUGGGGACAAACCCACCACGUCACCUCCUGUCAAUGGCUUGCCAGGGGCCAUGUCCUACCCUAAUGGACAUUACUUUCAGCCGUUGUGGAAUAGUAUUCUCCCAACCCCAAAUCGUGAUAGCUUGGGCUCUCAGGAUCUGGCCUUACCUUUCCAUGGGGGCCUUGCUCCUCUGUCAGAGGCUUCUGUAGACUGCCCCCUAGUGGCAAGCCACAGAGCUGAAGCCAGUUCUGGCCAUGCUAAUACAAUGCAAACUAUGGAGUAUGUGGGCAGGAAUUUCCAAGCACCCUGCUUCCAAGAGCAUAGCUUAAAUAUAAUGGGGAAGAUGAACAGGUCUGCUAUAAGCAGAGGCGCAGAGCUCAGCAACAGCAGAAAUGCUCACAUGCAGCAUCCAGGGUACAGAUAAACUAUAGCCUUGUCUCUAUAAUAACCCAUCUCUUCAAGUCUCACAAAUUAAGCAAGCAAAAUAAAGCUUAAAUUGAUAGCGGUCUUAAAGGUUAUAUUCGAUCUCAGUGUUUGUUAACUUGCAAGUGAUCAAUUGACUAUUGCUUUAAUAUAUACCUGUGCUCACCCAGACCACCAAUAGUUACAUUUUAUUCAUGUUUGCAAAAUGUUUUAUUCUGUAUUUUUCCCCUCAUUUAUUGUCUUAGAUUUUUCCCUUAGAAUGGAUAUCAGCUGAAAUCCUAUUUUUGUGUUAAUUAUUUUCUUUAUUUAAUUUAUUGAAAUGCCUGUUGUACUUGAGGAUAAAUAGUUGUGAAACAUCAAAUCUGAUUAAUGACUUGAUCAGUUGUUUACAAUGUCAGCACAAGAUUGUGGGGGAGAAGCAAAAAUAUUCUAAACUCUGUAAGCUAUUAGUGUCUGUAUGUCUUUGGUUACCUCUUGCUAACAGUUAAAGCAAAAACAUGUUUUUCUACAUUUCCAGUAAUAGUUUUGAUAGGUCAAAAUGGAAAUACCCCAUUCGGAACAUUUUUGGUUAAACCAUGUUUAUCCAAAUCUGUGUAAAUGAGUUUCCCGAACCCCCCUUAACGCUAUGUCAUUUGUAAGUUCUGUCUUUUAACAUUGAACUUACAAACAACGUAGCGUUAAGAAGGCUUCGAGAAGCUCAACCCAUGGCAGACCUUUGUUGUAUGUAUCAUUUUUGUUUAUACUACCAGCUGCUCAAGUUAUAUUUUAUAUUCCAAACUGCUAAACUGAUGACCUAACUUGGGUAAAACCAUUAAAUAACUGAAUUUUCUUCUGUUCAAACUUAAAGUAUUUCGGUCACUGUUAGGAGCUGUUUGCCACAUUCAGAAUGGUAAAUUAUGUGUAUUUGCACAUUCAUAACAUCUGACUAUCACAGAAGCUAAAUUUCACUUUGUAGCACCUGCCUAUAUCAGCAUCAGUGUCAGUCACACAGUUGUAAACUGAGGCAUUUUAUGUGGUUCCAAACAAGCCUUUUGUUUGCUAAGUUCCUGGCUUGAAAAGGUGGUGAAUAAUUCCUAAAUUUUUCAUCUUAUUGCAAAUGGAAAUUUGGUGAUUAUGACUGAGAAAUACCCCCAGUUGCACUAAGAUGUCUUAGCUCUCUUUUUUUUGCACCGUCAUCUGUUUGGCCUCAGAGGCCUUGAGAAUUUGCUGCCUGUGCAGUCUCAAGCAUUGUGUCAGAGGAAAGAUCUCAUCAGCUUGUCACCACUGUCCACAAACUGUCAUGUCACGCUUCCUUUGGUUUGAGCAGCUUUUCUGAGUCACUCGCCUUUUUCCAUGUGAAGUUUAAAUUUAUAGUUUGUGCAGAAUGACUUGUUAGAGUAAUGAACCCCAAGGGGAAAAUUAAGGAUUCAUUUACAGGAGCAGAGAGGGUUGUUUUUCUUUACUUAUCAGUGAGGAUUGUUGUGUUCUAAUCAGAUUGAUAUCCAAACCUGGUUUGUGAAUCGACUGAAGCUGCUGUCAGGUAUUAUAACUGAUCCAAGGGAAGCAAAAACUACAGCCCCUUGAGAUGGUCAGCUGGGAUUAAUUCAUGGUCCUGCUUACUCUGACUUUUAGGUGCCUGAGGAUGAAGUUCAAGUGGCACUUUUGGUGUGUUGAUUUUUUUCUUCUUUUAAUACUCAGAAGGCAGCACCUAAUGCCCUUUGGUUAAUGAAGCUGAAUUAAAGAAACAUAAGAUUAUAGUGAAAUUAGGUGGAAAAAGUAAUGAGAUGGAUUUUAAUUUGUAUUUUAUCUAACAUUCCUUUAGCUAGAAGAUAGUUGGAAAAAAUAGAAAUGAAGGACUUUAUGAAACGACAAUUGAUCACUUGCAAGUGUACCAAUAAAAAUUCUUGUUCGAUCUGAUUAUUGCCUGUUGGUUUGAGUUUGAGUGGCUCUUAUGUGUGGCUAUGGCCUCCCUCCCUGUAGACCUAUACAAUGCCUUAAGUAUUUACAUUUUGGACAAGCAUGACAAAUGAUUACAAUGAUCAUGUUUGCAGACUGAGUCGUAUGUUUUAUUAAUUUCCAGUGUUAAAUGGAACUGUCAAAGCAUUAGUAUGUUUAGCUACAUAUGGUAUGGUAGGUAUGAGUAGGACUGGGCUGUAACAUUUUGUUUGUUUCAAAUCAACCUUACUUUUUUCUACUCUGGUUAGUUAAACAUUGUGCUUUUAAUUUUCAGAAAUGAGAGGAUUCAGGGUUUUUUUUUUAUGUGGUCUCUAGGGCUGAUUUAUACUAGGCGUAAAUGGUGAGAGUGGCAGCGAAAUUCUGGAAUCCUAUCAGUUUAGCCGCACAGGUUUUCCGCUCCUCAUGUGAAACAUCAUGCGAUCGUCAUUUCAACACUGCUAACUGUGGCAGUCAAGCCAUGCUCAGUCAGAGUUAGCCUUACCUUAACCAGAUGUUGCUUGGGGAAAUAGCAUGUCUAAUUUAUAUCUUCAGGACAAUUAGGCACUGGCUUUUAAAUACCCAUAGGUGUAUGAUUUAUAUAACCAUUAUACAUAUACCAAUACUGGAGGGGACACCAGUACAGUUAGAUGUGCUGUCUCAAGGUGUGUUCUGUCAGUUUAACUUGCUUCUUGGCUUAGUACUGUUAUUAUUAUUAUUAUUAUUAUUAUCAUUAUUAUUUUACAUAAGACAAACCGGUAAAUUUGCUCAAAUCAUAAGCUUUCAAGCAUGUUAUUCUAUCCGUCCUCUGCUAGUUUCAGUUGUGGUACAGUCCAAGGGCGGGGAGCUUUUGUUAGGCUUGCCACUUUUUAUAAAUGUGAAGUGCCUCCUCUUGACUGAAUAUAGAAAUCUUGUAUUUUUUUCCUUCCUGUGCAUGUGUGUGCACAUGCAGACAUACAUGUAUAUAUGUGCCCUCUAACACACACACAGCAAUGGCGUGUGCAUCCUCUUGGGCCAAACUACUUGACUACUGAUGCUGUUUGAACAGUUUCUAGUGUGUUACGGGUAAAAUAUGCUUGGAGUGUGAGUUGCAGCUUCAUUUAUGAGUGAUUAUUAAAAUAAUAUAUUACUAUUGCUGUUUUUGUAUAAUGUUUUGGAAAGGAACUAAAUUGACUGUAAAAUAUAUUAGACGUGAAAGCUAAAUUUGUUUUUCACUAGAUUUGGAUGGAAAUUGUGAAUGGAUCCUAUAUACUGAAAUUCUAAACUGAAUCUGUAAAAGAGAGCACUGCCACCCAGCCCCCCCUCCAUUAUUUUGAAGUAACAUUAGAAUUAAACAUUUUAAGAAAAACCAAUAAAUAUUUGUUGAGGAUAUGAGCACCUAAUAUGUUGAAUAAGGUGAUGAAGUCAAUGGGCCUUUUAUCUUCAAACUUGGAUAUGGUCUGUGGCUUUCCUGUUAGUGCUUAUUGGCCGUUUGCUUUGGCAGUUUCUCUUAGGUCUUUUUGUCACUUCUCAAAUGUGCAAUUGCAUUUUUCUAAGUGCACUGUCAUUUCAAUGUCUGAAAAAUUUUGUGGCACUUUGACUGAAAACUUGAAAGAGAAAAUUGAAAAGCAAUUGUCAGAGACUCAUUUCCUAUCAUUCUUAAUUCUACAGUGUGCAAUCUGCUUUUACAGUACAACCACUGACGUACUGAUAGUUGGCAAGAACGAGCAAAUGCCGAGAUAUACCAUUUUGAUGAGAAAUCAGUCUUUAUCGGGCUUCAGAGGUGUCCUGUGGGCGAGCAUUCUUACAUCAUUAAUUCCCAUGAUUUUCCUUUUAUUUCUUGAGUAAUGAAGUAUAUUGCACAAACAUUCCCCUUUAACCAAAAUAAAGUCUGAUUUGCAUUUCUAAAAUGUGA